AAAACCUACAAAAAAAGGCUCCUAUUUCUCACCAUUAAUUGUUUGAGGAAAACCAUUCCUAGUCUUUCUAAAAACCCACAAAGAAAGGUUCGAUCUUUUUCCAAUUGGUUUUCCAAGGCAGCCAUUGAAGUCCUAGAUGAAAUUCCCCUUCGAACAAUCGAAAAUGAGAAGAAAUAUAUUGAGAAUACUUUUUGCAUACAUCCCACCAUAAGCCUUAGAGAGGCCUCUUCAAGCCCCCAACUUUUAUCCCAAUUGAUAAGAAAAUGCCUACAUUUCAGAAAUAUAAAAUGUGGAAAGCAAGUCCAUGGCAUAUGUAUUUCAUCUGGCAUUGAAAACUAUGUUGUUUUGAAUAAUAAUUUGAUACUUUUCUACUGUAAAUGUCGUGAUCUAAACGAUGCCCGAAAAGUGUUUGAUAGAAUGCUUGAAAGAAAUAGUGUUACGUGGACUGUUACGAUCUCUGGUUAUGUUCAAAAUGGGUAUUUCUUCGAGUCUCUUAGGUUGUUUAAUGAAAUGAGGAAGUUGUGUUUUGCUAUUGAUCAAUAUGCAUUGUCAGUCAUGCUGCGUGCUUGCGUAGCGACCAUGUCUCUGAUCUUGGGUCGGCAAAUUCAUGCUCUUUUGAUCAAAUUUGGAACUGGAUUUUCUGUUUUUCUGGGCAAUAUAGUUAUUGAUAUGUAUGUUAAGUGUUUUUGCUUGGAAGAUGCUAAUAAAUUCUUGGAUGAAAUGCCUGAGAGGAGUGUUGUUUCUUGGACUAGUGUCAUUGCUGGCUACACAAGGGACAGUGAUUGUCUAGAGGGGUUUGAGCUUUUUACAAGGAUGGUUCGAGAGGGUCAUCGACCUGAUCAAUCGGCUUUUGCCAGUGUUUUAAGGGGUACUUCAGUCCAUGAUUUGAAACCGGGGAUCCAACUUCAUGGGUUUGCUCUGAAAACUGGGUUUGAAGCCGAUUUGAUAGUGGGAUGUGCCAUUGUUGACCUUUAUUUGAAAUGCUCUAGUCUAAAUGAAGCCAAAAGAUUAUUUUCUCUGAUGCCUCAGAAAAGUGUGAUCUCGUGGACUACCAUGAUUGUGGGGUACGUUUGUCAUGGGCAUUCGAUGGAUGCAUUGGAUCUCUUUCUUAAGAUGAGGCAAAUGGGAAUGGAGGGGGAUGAGUAUACUGCAUCAGCUAUUCUCAGAGCUUGUGCUAUGGCAGUGGCUCUAGAGCAAGGGAAGCAAGCACAUUGUUAUAUUAUCAAAAGAGGGCUAGAAUUGGAUGUAUCAGUGACUAAUGCACUCAUCGACAUGUAUGGGAAGUGUGGUGAUAUUCUUAGUGCCCAUGAUGUAUUUUUAGCGGAAAAAGAACCAGACUUAGCGUCAUGGAAUGCUAUGAUAUGCGGAUUUGCCCAGCAUGGUCAUGGGAAAGAAGCAAUUGAGUUUUUUGAGAGAAUGAAAAGGCUAGGAGUGGACCCUGAUGCAAUUACCUUUGUGGGGGUUCUCUCUGGUUGCAGCCAUGGUGGCCUAGUGGAGGAAGGCUCAGCUUACUUUAGAAUGAUGACACAGAAAUAUAAGAUAACUCCCACAGAAGAGCAUUCUGGUUGCAUGGUAGACCUUUACGGUAGAGCUGGGUUAAUAGGUGAAGCUUUGAGGUUCAUUAGAGAGAUGGGUGUGAAGCCAGGUGAUUCAGUUUGGGGUGCUUUACUCGGGGCUUGUAGAAUUCAUGGGAACAUUAGGGUUGCUGAAAAGGCAGUAAAUGAACUAAUGGAGCUUAUGCCAGAGAACCCAGUAGCAUAUAUAUGCCUAGCAAAUAUUUAUGCUGCAGCUGGUCGGUGGCAGGAUGUGGGUUUUAUGAGGAAGUUAAUGGCAGAGAAGGGUAUUAAGAAAGUUGCUGGGUGCAGCUGGAUUCAACUGGAGAAUAAGGUCCAUAUGUUUGUUGUUGGAGAUGGAAAUCACCCACAAUGGAAAGAUAUAAAUAGUGCGUUGGGAAUUCUUUCAGUUCAUAUGACAGAUAUAGGUUCAUUACCAAAUUAUCCAAUUCAUAUUGGAAUUCUCUUUGAAACUUGAAAUCCAAAGAUAUUUUAAUGUUGGUAUUCUGUCCAUGCUAACCAGUUUGUAUUGAAUCAGUGUCUGAAACAAUACUGAUAUGUACACUCAAAUAAUACAGAAAGUUUGCGUUCUUCCUAUGUUUUGUGUUGCAUCAAUCACUAUACAAGUCCCUGUGUCCUUGUGUUAAACUUCUUGUAUCGAGAGAAUCCUUAAUUCUUACGUGCUGCUCCAGUACUGUUUUAUUCUGACAUUGAUUCAUUACUUUAAGAGUAACAAAUGAAGCCCUCAAUCAUGGGCAAUUUGACAUAAUUGUAUUUCUUCUACUUCUACGGCUGUGCUUUUG